AUGCAGAGCCUCAGGCCUGAGCACGUCCGGGAGCUGCUUGAGCCAGAGAGGACCAAGAUGCUGCUGCCUAGGGAGAGCAGGGCCUGGGAGAAGUGUGCCACCUUCACCAAGGACUGGGUGGCGGUGGAGGUGGGGACCUCCAUCUGUGACGGUGAUGAGAAAGGUCUGUCUUCUCAAGAGACUGGGCUUCCUCAGGAGUGGAGCUUGGUGGAGGAAGACUCAGAGGAGUCCCAGGGCUUUGUGGAAUGGCCAAAAGCCCCACAACAAACAACUAUACUCUUAAUCCUCUGUGUGCUUUUCUUGUUCCUGGUUUUGACAGGGAUGCCGAUGAUGGUUUACAUUUAA